GAAAAACUCACCGAAACAAAUUAUCCGGCAUGGUCUCUCAAUGUCCAGACAGCUCUUUCAGCUAAUCUCCUCCUUGGAUGGAUUGAUGGUCAUGAAGCAGCCCCGGCGCCAACUAUCUCCAAAAACGAUAAAACCGUCCCUAAUCCAGAGUAUACCUCCUGGACCAUCGUUGACACACAGAUCCGCGCCUGCCUCCUAACGGUCAUCAGCCCCUCCGUUCACAAACAUGCUCGCGGCUUCACCACAUCUGCUGCCCUCUGGGAUGCUUUGGCCGCACGGUACAACUCCGUGUCCACCGCUCAUGUUUAUCAGCUUCGGGACAAACUCCACACUCUUCGUAAAGGUACCAAAACUAUGACACAAUACCUUGAUGAUGUGGCAACUAUUCUCUCGAAUCUCGAUGCCUUGAAAGAAGAGAUCCCUGAACGUGAUGUGGUGAAUGUUGUUAUUCGUGGUCUUCCCACCGAAUACUCAUCCUUUAAGCAAAACAUUCGCAUGAACAAUACCAAUAUUUCGUUAAAUCAGCUUUCUGGAUGGUUGAUCUCCGAAGAAAUAAACCUGGAGAUGGAGAAUAAACUCAGCCUCACCGAGUCUACCAUCACCGAACCUCGCACAACACUUCUCGCUACGAACGGUCGAGGUCGCGGUAGAGGAGGCUACCGCGGUC